AUGGCUCGGGCGCCUUCGCGCCGCUCAGCGUCGUCCAAAAGCAAGCAUCGCGACCUUGCAAACCUGCGCGCCCCUUUGCCGGACCGCGUUGCACAUCUCCCACAAGAGUUUUGGCGUCUAUGGACCUCUACUUCACACCGGUUUCUGUAUGUCUGUCCUCGUCGGUGGCAGAGCAAUGACGCUGACCUGUCGAGAUUCCGCGAAGCAACUGCACAUGCCGUCAAAUAUCUCGAGUUUGAUUCUGUUGCGCUGGCGACUGUUGCGGGCAAGAUCAUGACGAACCUAGGGUCGCCGCCGAGCAGACCCCUCAACAUCUACAAGCUUGGCGACACCACUCGCUAUCGCGAACUCCGGGCUGAUGCUGGUUUGCCUUCGAGUCCACGCAUUAUUUUCCGGCUUUACUUCCGCAACGCAGACGACCAGUACAAGAUGAGCGUGGCGAGUCAAGUCGCAACUAUGCAUCUCGCAAGACUUCAGGGCAUCCCCGCCCCCGAAGUCCUGAUGCACCACUGCACCAAGGACAAUGUCGUUGGCCAACCAUUCAUCGCCUUUCAAGAACCCGAGGGCUCCGUGGUCCGCAACCUCUGGAUGGAUUUGGACGACCAAGAACGACUCAGCUUAGUAGACAAGAUAGCCCAUCUUGACGCCAAGUUGUUCGCAACCAACCUCCCGGCCUUUGGAAAUGUCUAUCAUGCCGAGGACCAGGCUGCCGCAGCAGCCCAUCCCAUUCCCGGCACCGAACUUUGCGUUGGGCCAUUCUGCAGCAGUAGGUAUGACCACCACACUUCCGGCCGAUCACGUGGUCCUUUCAUGCAUCCUGAUGUCUUCAAGUAUAAUACUGCCGUGCUACUGCCAAGGGCGGGUGAAGGUUUGGAUCCAUCACAGCACCACAAGCUCUAUGAGGAUUACCUGAAAAUCUUGCCUCAUCUUUCACCACACGUCAAUGCAGCACUUCGCCUCCCGAAGUUGACGCGUCUCGACAUCCUAAACUUGGACCCUCAAGAGCUCCGUCUCGGUCCGUCUCGAGACAUGGACAUUGCUGCAAUACUUGAUUGGGGUGCCACUGAUGUUCAACCUCUUCUGCUUCAGGCUCGACCUCCCCCCACGCACAUGCCCCCCAGCAUCCCACAGAUGCCACGAGAAGCCGAGAAUAUUUCCCACAAGCGGCAGGAGCUCAUUGCGAAGCAGCUGAUGAGCUGGCGUCGAUGGAUGGUGGCGACAAGGAGCUUUGAAAAGAUGAAACAGGCCGACGGAAUCGACAUCCUUCUCAGCAUACCCAACUGGCCCUUGCUGCGAGAACUGCUCUUUGCCAUCAAGCUAAAGCCUCGCGACAUUGUCGACCUCCACUCCGUUCUGAUCAAAGUCACUGAGCAAUGGGACAAUAUCGCAAGGACGAAAGACGGCCAUGUCCCCCCGUGCCCCAUAUCAUACCCCAGCGCCGAGAAGGAACAGGUUUUUCGCGAAAAGGAGCGUCUCGAUGCUGUGCGAGACGAAUGGGCUUUCUUCUGCACCAUCACCGGAACUGCUGCUCAUGGUGCCGUUUCUGCCGACAAUUACGACCGCGCUCGCAAAUACUACAAUAGCGUCCACGACAGAGUCAAGUCCAACGGCGGCAAGUACUUUCCGGACGUGGAUGUGAGCGACAGCACCGGAGAGACUUUCGAGACACCGGACGAAUUUGAGACGGUUCUUUGCAAGCGGAUGGGCAUCUCGCGACCAACUUUCUGGCGGACUGUAGUGGAUCCUCAGCCGUCUGCAUAG